GCAACCGUCGCCCAGUCUCUCAAAGAUGGCGGCGAACACGGCCGUUCCUUCGCUCUCCGGUGCUCCCCGCUGCGCUCUCGACUUCUCCACAAUAAACCAUUCAGGAGAUGCGGCGUGUAGCGUGAACGGCUGCGCGGGCCUGGGCCGAGGGGAGUCCGGCGGCCCCGGCGUGCAGUUCAGCCGCUGUUACUCCAAGCUGUGCUCGCUCACCCCCUCCGAUAUGGAGAGUUUCAAAACGGAGCUGAACCUCCUCUUCGACCAGCUGAUUUCGGAGAACUACUAUAGCGACUACGCGGGCAGCUAUACUAUUCGAGCAGAGGACGUGUGCUCUCUGCUUGUGCAAGCCAGCAGGCUCGUGAAGUACAAUCAGGAGCAUCUCGUUAUAAAAUUUUGCCAGCUGACCCAUCACCUCCUCAACCGACUGCAGGUGAUUGUGGACGAGCCGAGUUUCGACCGCCUGGUGUCGUACUCGACCCGAGCUCUGGCCGCCUGUAGCCCGUGGACCCACGCGGAGAUCCUCCAGGCUCUGGCGGCGCUGGUGUACGGCAACGGGCCCAAGUGUCAGAAGUACCUGCCAGAUCUCCUGGGCAGAGGAGGGGUCCUGGUGCGGUACAGUUCUCCCAGCCAGCCGGACCUGGAGCUGCGCCGUACUGCCGUUCACUGCUUGGCCAACCUUUGUCUUGGGCUCCCAGGCCAGCCGUACCUAGAGGAGUCCUACAGGAGCGUCUGCUUCCAGACCUUCUUGCAGAUCCUGCAGGCCCCGAGGCCUCCCAACGUGGACGACAUCGUUUUCUGCAUGCUCCUGCAAGAUGCCCUGAAAGGGAUGCAGUACUACCUGAAUGGAGCAAAAGGGAAGCUGACAGCAGGCGAACACCUGGGCACCUUACUGGCUGUGUUAAAGAAAUAUAUGUUCUUUGGGCUAUGGGGAAUAAACUUGGAGAUGCCAACCAUCCUGUACCCUACACCACUGCCCCAGUAUGAGGGAGUCCCCGCUGCUAAAGAGGAUUCCCCAAGAGAUGUUCCAGCUCAGAGCAGGCAGCCCGGGAAUAAGAAGCGAAAAUCGCGUGGUCGCAGUAAGAAGGCAGAGCCCGAGGCUGGGCAUGGUGAGGACGAUGAAGAGGCUCAGGAGGCAGAGGUGCGACAAAGCCCCAGGAAGGCGGGCGGAGGAGAAACCCACAGCCACUGGUCCCUGGGGCCCACCUACGCUGGACGUCCGUCCUCCGUUGCCCAAAGAGAAGCCCCCCCUUCCCUCUACCCGUCGUGGAAGAGAAGCAGCUCAGACUCUGAAUUCUCAGACCCGGAGGGGGGGAUGCAGAGCAAACUCAGGCUGUACCAGGCCCGUGUGAGGCAAGGGGCGCUGCACUGUUUCCUUGCGGCGGUCAAGUGCGUGGAGAAGCGGGUGCUGUAUGGCUACUGGUCCUCGUUCGUCCCUGAUGCCCCGAGCAUCGGCAGCCCCCCGGCCCUCACCCUCCUCACCAUCGCUCUCAAGGAUCCCUCUCCCAAGGUGCGGGCGGGGUCCCUCCAGGUGCUCUCGGCUCUUCUCGAGGGCUCCAGGAAGUUCCUUUCUGCAGCGGAGGACACGGGCGCCCCUCGGCAGGCCUUCACACCCUUCUCUGUCACGCUGGCAGGAAGCCUGCGGGAGCUGCACCGGGGGCUUGUCCUGGCCCUGGUAGCCGAGUCCUCCUCGCAGACUCUCACCCAGGUCAUCAAGUGCUUGGCCCACCUGGUGUGCAACGUUCCAUACGGCCGCCUGCGUCCCGGUCUGUUGAAAACGCUGUGGCAACAGAUCGGACCGUAUGUCUCUCACCGAGAUGUGAACGUGCGUGUGUCCAGUCUCACCCUUCUGGGAGCAGUGGUCUCUGCCCAGGCUCCCCUUUCAGAGGUUCGGCUUCUCCUGCAGCAGCCCCCUGGCUCCGGUUCUGCAAGCGGGGCUUUAAGCGGGCCCUCCACUCCUCAAGAGGCUCAGCCGCAGGGCGGCAGGAGCGGCCCCGAGAAGGAAGCGCCGUCCUCCUGUGGGAGGCUCCCGGAGGGAAAUUCUCAGAGUCAGUGUUGGCUGCUGCAGCUGUGCGUAUCGCUGGUCGUACAGCCACGUGAGGAUCCUUGCUCGGAUAGCGACGCGGGCGCUGCCGCACCUGGUGCUCUUGAACCGUCGCCAGUCAGGCUGGAGGCCCUCCAGGUGCUGGCCCAUCUGGUGAGGGGCUACUUCUCCCUGGUGCAGGCUCAUCUACUAGAGCUUGGGGAGGUGAGCGCGCAGUGCCUUCGGGAGACUGACCCCUCUAUCCAGCUGCAUGGCGCCAAGCUGCUGGAGGAACUGGGCUCGGGAAUCAUCCAGCAGUACAGGGGUGACUCUGCCACAGAGCAGGCCUAUAGGGUGCCAGUCAGACAGGUAGUCCAGUUCUGGCUAGAGGUGCUCAGCGGACCCCUCACGGGCGCCUUGCAGAAUGAGCUUCAUCCGACCCUGCAGACCAGCGCCUGCGAUAUCCUGUCCUCCAUCCUGCCCCAGGCCUUCACCCAGCUGCCUGAUAAGAGUCAGCUGUUGUGCAUCACGGUCCUACUGGGCCUGUCCUAUAGUGAAAACUCCCCAGUGAAGGCAGCAGCUGUCAGGGCCCUUGGUGUCUAUGUUCUGUUCCCCUGCCUCCGAGAGGAUGUGAUGUUCGUGGCGGAUACGGCCAACUCAAUCCUAACCUCGCUGGAAGACCGAUCCCCCAACGUGCGUGCCAAGGCAGCCUGGUCGCUCGGCAACCUCACCGAUACGCUGAUUGUGAACAUGGCAUCGGUGGGGCGGGACUUCCAGGAAGAGUUCUCUGACAUGCUGUUGCUGAAGAUGCUACGCUCAGCUACCUCUGCCUGCCUUGGGGACAAGGACAGGGUGAAGAGCAACGCGGUCCGGGCAUUGGGGAACCUGCUGCAUUUCCUGCAGCCAGCCCACCUGUCUCGGUCAGGGUUCGAGGGCCCAAUGGACGAGGCAGUGCGGGCAUUGAUUGACGCUGUGCGGAGUGAUGCCACCAUGAAGGUGCGCUGGAACGCCUGCUAUGCCCUGGGUAAUGCCUUCCGGAACCCAGCCUUGCCCUUGGGCACCGCCCCCUGGACCGCCGAUGCCUACUCUGCCUUGUCCCAGGCAGUGACCUGCUGCAGGAACUUUAAGGUACGGAUCAAGUCAGCGGCUGCCCUCUCGGUGCCGGCGGAGCGCGAUCGCUACGGCGGCGCGGCGCAGUUCGGAAAAUUGUGGCGCGCCCUGGCACGGGCGCUGGAGUGCAGCAACGAGGCAGAAGACUUCCUGGAGUACCGCUAUUGUGCUGGCUUGCGCACCCAGCUCUGCCGCACUCUGCUGCACCUGAUGAGCCUGUGUCAGCCUGACGACCUGCCUGCUGUUGCUGCCCCGCUAGCAGAGGAAUCGCGCCCUGCGCUCCACGCCUACUUCGCGCACUACCACCUGGACGAGGGUAACCAGGGGCAGCCCGAGAAUGACGGUGUCAGGGAAUCCUGCCAACCUCAGGAGAAGCUGGGGAGGUUGGAGGAGAUUGUGGCGCACCUGCGAAGCUUCCCUGAGAUGAGUCCGCACACCCGUGAAGCCCAGACCCAGGUAGUGAGCUUCUUGGAGGAGGUGCUGAGGAGCUGCCACGAGUCCCAAGCUCCCUCGCCCUUGUAUUGAGGGGCCCGGGUUGUGCGGCGCAGGUCCUUUGUGGAUGAGACUCUGGGGACUGGCAAGAAUUUGCAGGUGUUAGUAGGCCCGAGUCACGAAAAGCAGCAUUGCAGAGUGAAGUGGUUUCUGCUGGGCUUGUCGCACUGAACACAAAGGCAGUCUUCUGCUCCUGAUCAUGUGCUUCCUUUCCUGAACGACUGACUGAUGCCUUGUUUGCUGUUGUUGGGUCUUGCAGUGCUCCUCUUAUUUUUGGUCUUGCGACUAAGGAAGAUUAAAUGC